AUGAAUUCAUCUGCAUGUGAAACGAGGCAAUAUGUGAGGAAAAUACUUGAGUGUCUAGAAAGCGGAACAAAUGUGAUUUCAUCUUUGCACCACUUCAGAGACAUGAUGCUUGUGAACUAUGACAAUAGAUUGGCUGUUCUAGUGCUACAAAAGAUUCAUGGGCUUCUUCAUAGCUCAUGCAAUAUUCAAUAUAUUGAGAUACUUAUUGAUGUAGUGCGCACAGAAGAUACAUUUGAUGAAGUAUUCAAAAUGAUCCUGAGCUUCAGUGACAGAGUAGGCUUUGCAGAGCUUGUAUUCAAGCUCCGAGAUAUAAAUGAGCUAAUGAUAUUCAAAUACAUGAAAGAGCUGAAGAAAAUUUAUUUGCUUCAUGAGUUUGUUAAAGACAUGGAUAGGAGAUAUGAUGCUAUUUUAAACUCGAUAGACAUAAGCCAAGAAUGA